UGGAAUAUGAAAUAUAUUCUCAAAUCGUAAGUAUAUUCCCGCUGCCAAAAUUGCUAGACAUAUAUCCGAUUGCCGUCGAUUUCAAACACGAACUGAAUAACAACAUGAACUGGAGUAAUGACGAGUCUUGGAGCGUUAAAUGUGGUUAUGCUGAUUUGUCUACGUUCACGUAUACUUGGGAUAUCCAUAGCUGUUAUACGGAAACACUGAGUGAUUCGAAGACGAGGUGCAUUUGCCCCAAAAGUGGCAUUUUCGCUUUGUUGCUCGCACUUACUCCAAAGCCUUCAUAUGAAGAAUCCGAUUUUAGCCAAUAUAUCCUAAUGAUAGGAUGUUGUCUUGGAAUGGUGCUCGCAUUAUUCACAACUGUUUGUCUUGCGAUUUCUUGUAUUUUGUUGAAGAAAUCGUGUCUAAUGGCACUCAAAUUACAAUGUUCCAUAUCAAUAUUUGCCACAGGACUGAUGUUCACACUUGCUACAAUCACGGGACCACCCCAGACUUAUUUUUUGCUGUUCAUCACAACCAUAGAGGCUUUCGUAUUAUUAGGAAUGUCGAGUCAUUUGAGCAAACUAUUAAUUGUUUUUACUGAUCUCAUUGAAGUACCAAAACCAAUGACCUCAAAAUAUACAGUAAUUGGAAUCAUCUCAGGAGUUCCGGUAAUAACUGUGUUCGGAAGCCAUUUGUCUUAUAAAACGAUGGAUAUACAACUGGAGUCAUGGUGGAUGUUGAAAGGAACAUUAUCGUUUAAUAUAUUCGUUGGAGUUGCUUCUAUGAUGUUGGUGUUAUUCAUAUUCCUUUAUAUUGUCGUUAUGAGAAAAUUACAGGAACUCAUUGGAAUCCAUGAAAAAUACUCCAGAACCAUUGAGAGAAGAGUAGCGUUGCUGAGAAGAUCCGGCUGCAUUUUCAGUGCUGUGACGUUAUUUUCAGUGAGCAGUUUGAUUUAUAUCAAUUAUCCAAAUAAACUAUGGAGCGUCUACCAGUUCAGCGUGUACAAUGUUUUUCUGGGACUCGUGCUUCUAUUCUGUUAUGUUAUUAAGGCAGAAAUCCAGUUCCAGAGAAUGUUUGACACCAAAUCCGAAUCGUCACCCAACAAAAAAUUCUUCACUUUCGACUCAAUGAGCAAGCCGUUGAAUUUUAUAACUCAGCAAGAGGCGGAAGUAGAAAACGAAUCCAACCCUCACUUGAAAACCGACCUCCAUCAUUUCACUUCAUUAGGGCGUGACACCUCCAAACCUUCAUUGACCAGCAAAUCACAGAGUAUCGCUGCUACUUUCGAAAGUUGCCUCAACACAACUACCAGUUUCUGCGACAGUCAAGUCGACAUUUCAUCGACAUCACGAAGUAUUCAGCAACCGUCAGUAGAGCUCUAUCCUAACAGUCCUCAAAUUUAUCGGAAUCCUCCUUGUGUAUCCAAAGCAUGUUCUCCCGAUAUUUUAUCCAACAAAGUAUGCGUGGAACUGGAUCUUGUUGCUUCAAGUCUGAAGACCACAAAUAAAAUACCCGGAGUAUCGAGUACACAACCCACCAGACAUAAUGUUCCCGCGCCCAUAGUAGUACCUACUCCAGACGAAGCCAUUGCUACUAUUUUAGAGACAGAAAUCAUUACUUUCCGUCCGCUCCACCAGUAUCACGUGAGAACACAACCUGAUGGUCACGAUGGAUGUAUUCUAGCUGAGACUACAUUGGAAACUGUGGAAGAAGUUAACGAAGUCGAACCAGACACUCCAAUUUGUACAGUUAAUGUUCAACCGUUACCAAGUGUAAGUGUACAACCGCCAGAUAGUGUUCAACCAUCAGUUAGUGUCGUCCUACCGAUAGACAUUUCACAUUCUUCGGUUAGUUUUGAUGUAGAAAGUACUAGUGGGGACGAACCAAGUUCAGCACGUAGUGAUAAACUUGAUGGUAUGUUGGAUAGUAUUAGUCAAGAUUUAGAAUAUUUACUCAAUAAAACUGAUGUGGUGCCAAGUUCUACUUUGAAAAGAGCUCCCAAGUCUCCAAAACAUGAUAUUUCUCAGGAGAUACUCAACGAACUUGCCGAUUUACCUGAAAGUGUCACACUAAGGACAAGUUGUUGAAUGCAAAAUGAAUAGAUAUAUGAAAUUAUUUUCAAAUUCGUGUCAUUGUUUUUACAAAAUAUACCUUAUCCACAGUGAGGUGGUAAGGCAGGUAUUUAUGUCCUAAUGACGUUCAUUCAUGGAUAGAUAACACAAAUGGUGAAGCUCACCAUUCAGAAAUUCAUUACUAAUUUUAAGAGAAG